AUGCCCGAAGGAACUUGGGAAAAGCUGUCCCAGGUCGCCGUCCUGGGUGCUCAAUAUGACUCCUCUGAACGCCAGCCACAUGCGAAAUGUUUGGAAGGGACCCGAGUGGACCUUCUCAAAUUAAUCGACGGAUUGUUGGACAAGCAAGAGAAGAGUCAAAUCAUUUGGCUGCAUGGCACGGCAGGCGUCGGAAAAUCUGCCGUGGCAUUCACUGUAGCUGAGAGAAUGAAAGCUCUGAAAAUAACAGAAAAUGAUACCGGAACAAGGCUUGCGGGCACUUUCUUUUUCUCGCGCAAUAGCAAGGAACGCAGCACGACUGGCCAUUUCUUUGCGACCCUUGCUUACCAGCUUGCGAGCAAUUUUCCCAGUGUCAAGAAGGAUGUGAAUAAAGCUAUCAUCGACAAUCCUGCGGUUCUAGACUCGAGAAAGUCUCUUUGCGACCAGAUGAAGGCGUUAUUUCGCCAACCUCUUUGGCACCUGCGAUUCAAGCUGCACGAGUGUCCGCCUCCGGUGUUUGUCAUCGAUGCCCUCGAUGAAUGCAAACCUGAAACCGUCGCUGAUCUCAUCUCCCUCCUCGGACAAGCUCUUAGUGAUCCUGAACUUCCCGUGAUCCACAUUCUGCUCACGAGUCGCUUGGAGGAGCAUAUCCGUAAUGCCAUUCGAAAAGAAGGGACGCGCACACCAGUAUACGAGAUACCAGUGAACAUUUCUGGGGAGGAUGUUGACAAUGAUAUCUAUAAAUUCUUACAGCAUUCCUUCACAGAGCUGCAAAGCCGCCAUCCUGAUUUCCCUCAGCCCACUGCGGAUGAACUUGCGCGGCUGGCGAAUCGAGCUGGCAGACGUUUCAUCGUGGCAUCUACAAUGAUGAAGUUUGUUGACGACGGACACAAUGACCCCCGGGAUCGCCUUGAGCUCAUGCUCGAGCUAACGAAUGAACUGCUGUCCGGGACAGAAGUAUAUGACUUAUACAACCGUAUCAUCUCCACCUGUUCGGACCCCAACCGGGCAUACCACCACUUGUCCAUUGUUGCUGCCCUCGCAGAUCCUCUGCCGAUCUCACAGAUGUCAAUGCUCCUUGGCCCUGGUCAAGGCAAUGAUAUUGCAACCAUACUGGUGCAGCUACGAUCUUUCCUGGAUAUUCCCGCCGAAAGCAACCAGCCCGUGAAUAUACAUCACUCCUCCAUUCGGGACUAUGUUUCAGACUCCUCAAACUGCAGCCUCCCUGGAUUACAACCCAUCGCACCACACUCCUUACUCGCUUAUUCCUCUUUCCGCUUGAUGAUCCAAGACAUUCCAAAA